GGUGGCUGCUGCGGCUGCGGGGCUGUGAUCUGCCGCUCUGGCGGAUGCGAGAUUGAGCCAGCACGCGCCGGGGAUUCGGCCGGCCAUGGCGGGGCCGGAUUGCUGCCUCCAGAGCUUCGAGCUCUACGAGGCCGAGUCGAAAUUUUAUAUUCUUGGAACUAACACUAACAAGACAAUAUGGAGAUUACUCAAGAUUGAUAGAAUGGAACCAUCAGAGCUCAAUGUAGAUGAGGAUUCUACUGUACACUCACAGAGUGACUACCUUGAUCUUCUAAAAAAUCUAGAUCAAGAACACAGGUCUACUGGUGGAGUCAAAUUUGUCACCAACUGUUUUGGAAUCAUCGGUUUCAUUAAGUUCCUUGGGCCCUAUUACAUGUUAAUUAUUACUGAGCAGAGAAAGAUUGGGGAUAUAUUUGGUCAUCCGGUGUACCAAGUUACUAAGACUGCGAUGAUUGAGUUAUCAAAUUCCAAGACGAGGCCAAAGUUAAUCAACUCCAAGGACGAGAACAGGUACAAGAAGCUCUUGCAGACAAUUGAUCUUCGAAAAGACUUCUUUUUUAGCCACUCAUAUCAAAUAAUGAGAAGUCUCCAGAAGAACUUUAGUGAUCCACAAGAAGGGUGGGAACUAUAUGACACAAUGUUCGUCUGGAAUGAGUUCCUAACUCGAGGGAUUCGUGACAUUCUGAAAACUACACUUUGGACUGUUGCAUUAGUCUAUGGCUUUUUUAAGCAGGAUAAACUUGCGAUAUGUGGGAAGGAUAUUAUGCUGACGCUCAUUGCUAGACGCUCGAGGCAUUAUGCUGGCACCAGGUAUCUAAAGAGGGGCGUGAAUGAGGAGGGCAGAGUAGCAAAUGAUGUUGAGACUGAGCAAAUUGUUUAUGAAGACAUGCUUGGACCAUGGCAAAUAAGCUCUGUUGUGCAGAACAGGGGUUCAAUUCCGCUAUUCUGGUCCCAGGAGACAUCGAAGCUGAAUCUUAAGCCUGAUAUCAUAUUGCAUGAAAAGGACAAAAAUUAUGAGGCUACCAGGCUUCAUUUUGAAAAUCUUAGGAAGAGAUAUGGAAAUCCUAUCAUCAUCUUAAACUUGAUUAAGACACGUGAGAAGAGACCACGAGAAAUUAUACUUCGUCGGGAAUUUGACAGAGCAAUAAAGAUUAUUAAUAGCGGUCUACCAGGCGAAGACCAUUUGAGAUUUUUACAUUGGGAUCUUCAUAAGAACUCUCAAAGCAAAAGUACAAAUGCCCUUCAAGUGCUUUUGAAAGUGGCAUUUGAAGCUCUGAACUUGACAGAAUUCUUUUAUUGUCAAGUUUCCCCAGCUCAAAUGCAAGACAACUCCCUUAACUUAAGCCCUACAUUGAAAAAUGGUUUUGGUCCUCAUGUGUGUGAUGACAACAACAGUUGCGGCAAUGCAGACUAUGUUGAUGAUCUUGAUGACAUUUCCCAAGAAGAUACCUGUGGCAGUUCUGAUCCUGGCAAUGGAAUUGCAGAAGAUGAAUCUGAGGUCAAUGGAUCUACCCAAAUAAAGCCUCCAAAAUUUCAAAAGGGUGUCCUACGUACAAACUGUAUAGACUGUUUGGACCGCACAAAUGUUGCUCAAUAUGCCUAUGGCUUAGCUGCUCUAGGACACCAGUUACAUGAACUUGGUUCUGUAGAAUCUCCAGAAGUUCAUUUAGACUCCCCUUUGUCUCGACAUUUGAUGCAUUUUUAUGAACGGAUGGGUGACACACUUGCUUUACAGUAUGGUGGUUCUGCUGCGCACAAUAAGAUAUUCUCUGCAAAAAGAGGGCACUUGAAGUUUGCCAUCCAAUCUCAAGAGUUCUUUAGGACACUGCAACGGUACUAUAGUAAUGCCUAUAUGGAUGCCUACAAACAAGCAGCGAUAAACUUAUUUUUAGGAUACUUCCAACCGCAGGUGGGAAAACCUGCACUUUGGGAGCCAGAAUCUGGUGAUGAGCAUGUACUUGAUGAAGAGACAAGUAAAUUGAUGAAGAGGGCAAGAUCAGAUGGCAGCAUUCUUAAUAACAGCAAACUAUCAAUGUCCAGUAAUGGCCCAAAUGGAAUUUUAAACCCAGCAUUUACUGGUUCAAAAAAUGAAGGACAACAUCCGAACUGGAUUUCUGAUUCAGUGCAUGGGAUGUCUUCAGCCUCUGUCAAUUCCAUGUCAAAGUCAAGGUAUACUCCGACAGUAUCUCACGUUAAGCAUAUAAGCUGCGAACUAGACUACUGCAAUGGUUCUGGUGAUUCAAAUUUCCUGGACCUUGACUGGCUUUCGGCUUCAGACAAUGAAAGGUCAAAAGCCAUAAGCACUCCUGAUGUGAAUAUUUCAACUGAUAAUGGUGUUCAUGAUGUAAGCUCUGGGACAACGGAUGAUCAAGCUGCUGAGAUCCAGGAUCAGGGGUUAUCUAAGGAUUUUGUGCAGUGGGUUAAUCAAGGAGAGGCAUUUUGGUACUGAUAUUGCAAGAUGGUUUAUCAUGUAAAUUCAAGGCGCAUGAUGGUUGCAAAAAUAAGGGAAAAAGUCUACAUGAUGGCAGCCCAAACCUUGUUCAAAAGCAUCUUAACUCUUGAAGACUAUUGCAGGGAGGCCCAUCAAAUGGCAACCAUCAGCAUUCUCCUUGCGGUAUACAAAUACGAUGAUGGGCUUAUUAGAGUCACACACACUGUUAGAAGACUUGUGUAGGGAAGUGUACCAUUCUGUUCAUUUAUUGAAGCUUGCUCACCAGGCGGGUAGAUAGUGCAUUGUUGUUACUUUUCUUAAAAAAAGGAAAGAAAGAAGGUAGGUAGUAUAUUCUUUUGAAGAUGUACCAUUGUCCAGGCAUCAUCAUCCCCAUCUCCACCAUUGUGUAAAUAUAUAUGUCCCAAGUGUUCCCACCUUUCCCUUUUCCUUCCACGAGAGUUGAGGUGGGCAUGAAAGCACCAUUUUUCCCUCAGUCUCUUUGUAUGGGAUCUUCUGAAAUCAUGUACAUGUAUCUUUCGUGGCAACAGGAGAGAUUGCUGUGUAAUUUCCAUUGUACCAACCAAACCCCUCUGUUACCAAUAGAAGUCCCUUGGACAGUGUUUGUCACGUU